AUGAAGACCAUAUAUCCGCUUCUUACCCUCCUUUCGGCGGCUGCUGUCGCUGCCGGCCCUCUUCCUAGGAACGCAAAGCUGGCUGCUCGGAUCAACGUCGAUAUCCCGUCACGUGUUGUGGCGCGUACCGAACACCUGGGCGAGGCUGCGCCCGCUCCAGCAGUUGAUCCUGCCAAAGCAGCUGCUGACGCUAUGGAGUCUAUGCAUGUAGCUGAAGCGGAGGCCAAGGACAAGGCACACCAAGAAGCUGCUGCGAAGAUGGAGGCCGAACAUCAGGCGAAAGCAGAAGCAGAAGAGAAAGCACAUCAGGAGGCCGCAGCAAAGAUGGAGGCCGAACACCAAGCCAAAGCCGAGGCGGAGGAGAAGGCUCAUCAGGAAUCUGCAGCUGCUAUGGAAGCUAUGCAUGUGGCAUCCGAGCAAGCGAAAGAUGCUGCUCACAAGGCGUCCGCGGAUGCCAUGGAGUCUAUGCAUGUCGCGUCGGAGAAAGCCAAGGACGCUGCUCACAAAUCGUCUGCGGAUGCUAUGGAGGCCAUGCACGUCUCUCGGGAAUUAGCCAGUAUCUCGGCCGCGGCCACUACCACCGAGGAAGUCGCAGCAACAACUACAGCUGCAGCAAUCACCCACGAGACUGUGGCACCAGAGACUACGACUAUGGUCGAACAGACUGCGGCCCCUAUGGUCACUGAACAUCCCAUGCCGCCACCUCCUCCUGUAGCUGAGAUGCCUCCACCUCCUCCCGCUGCCGAAACGCCCCCACCCCCACCUGAGAUGCCCGCCCACAAGACUCAGGCAGCACCGGAGCAUACCAUGGUACCACCGCCUCCUCCUGCCGAGAUGCCUCCAUCAGCUGAGAUGCCAGCUCAAGAAACUCAGGCAGCACCAGAGCACACUAUGCCUCCACCACCACCUCCUGCUGUUACUGUUAUGCCUGAAGCCCCUGCAGCCGGUAACAUGUCCAUGACCCAUGCAGCACCACCGGCACCUAUGGUUACCGAGAGCUUCUCCCUGGUAAUGGGCGAGGCCGCAAACUCCACACAACUGGUUGCUUCCUCCACUGGAAAUGCUACUGAGCCUGCAGCCACUGAAGCACCAGGCGCGGCUGAAGAGGAGAAGAAGAAAGCCGAAGAAGAGAAGAAAAAGGCCGAGGAAGAGAAGAAGGCUGCUGAAGAGCAAGCCAAACAACAAAAAGAGGCCGACAAGAAAGCUGCUGAAGAGGAGAAGAAGGCGCAAGAGGAGGCUGACAAGAAGGCUAAAGAAGAGGCUGACAAAGCUGCAAAGGAAGAGGAGAAGAAGGCUCAGGAGGAAGAAAAGAAGGCCGCUCAAGAGCAGAAGAAAGCCGAGGAAGACGCUAAGAAGAAGGAAGAAGCUGACGCUAAAGCCGCUGAAGAAGAGAAGAAGAAGCAGGAAGAGGCCGACAAGAAGGCUGCCGAGGAAGAGAAAAAGAAGCAACAGGAAGAAGACAAGAAGGCGGAGCAGGGACAAGCCGAACAGCAAGACGGAGCUGAGCAAGACAACGCCCAAGACAACAAGGAAGAAAAAGACCAGCAAGAGGGCCAGCAAGAUGAAGCUGAGCAAGAUGACAACGAAAGCGACAACGAGGGCGAAGACAAUCAGCAGGAUGAUGCUGCCGAGGCUGAGCCUGUUCCUGCUGAAGAGCAGAACGACCAAGCCGCAGCGCCAGUACCAGCCGCAGAUUCCGGUGACGCUGUCGUCGAGUAUCCCGCUGGUUUCCUGACCUCUUCCGCUCGCCGACGCGCCGAGAUGGCUAAUAUGCCUGUUAAGCGCGGUAUGAGGGUCGUCGCCUUCUAA